CAAAGACAACCAUUUUACGGCACAUAUGACUACAGAGACAGUGAAAGUCGAGAGCGUGGAGGCUCAGUAUAUUGAUAAUGAGAAGAUAAUCAACGAGGAGUUCAAGAUUUGGAAGAAAACUGUGCCUUUGCUGUACGAUACCAUUCAGACGUAUGCAUUGGAAUCACCCUCUCUUACUGUUCAAUCGAUCCCUGGGUUUGAGCUGAGUCGGGACACCAAUGAACUGGAGACUAAGUUCCUCCUUGGUACGUACUCCACCACGGGUGACAACUUCUUGAAGUACGUUACGGCAAGGCUACCUUCAACGCUAUCGCCUAAGACGACACAUUCCAUCCCGAUCCCAUCAGGCGGAGGAGACUUCACCUCCAAAUUGAGCUUGAAGCAGAGAUGGUUACACCCAGGCGAGGUCAACAAAGCUCGUAUCCAUCGUGAUAAGGUUGCCACUUUCACAAAGACCGGUGACGUUAAGAUCUGGUCAUUUGACAAAUCUGAAUGCGUAAAGACGUUGAAGUACCACCAAAAGGAUGGGUUUGGACUUGAAUGGAACCUCCUGGGCUCGAAACUUGUCACUGGAGGUGAAGACACUCACAUUGCCCUGUGGGAUCUCAGCAGUGAAACGCCUUUGAGGGUCUACAAGCAACAUAGUGCGAUUGUGAACGAUUUCUCCUGGUCGUAUGGCAUUCCAACGAUGUUUGGUUCAGUUUCCGAUGACCUAAGUAUCAAGUUCUUUGAUACAAGAUCUGAUGAAGUGCUGAUCAACGUUGCUGAGGCACACAAGGAUGUAAUCAAUGCCAUCGAUUUCAACCCAAAACAGACUAAUCUCUUCGUCACUGGUGGUGCUGACAAUCUCGUUACUCUAUGGGACUUGAGAAACACCAAGAUGCCAUUGAGACAGCUCUAUGGGCAUAACGGUGCCGUGAACCAAGUGAAGUUCAAUCCUGAUGAGUCCCACCUAUUGGCUUCAAGCUCAAAUGAUAGACGUAUACACGUUUGGGACCUUCUGAAGCUGGAGGAAGAGUUUGACGUUGACGACUUCACAAAGAACGAUAAGGAGGACCCAUGUUUGAAGUUCAUCCACGGAGGCCACGUCUCAAAAGUGAAUGAGUUUGAUUGGGUAUCUGGAGUCUCAAACACGAUAGUCAGCGUUGGUGAAGAUGCUCUUUUAGAGAUCUGGAAACCACAUUUCGAAGAAGAGGAUGAAGAAGAGGAGGAGGAGGAGGAGGAUGAAGAAGAGGAAGGGGAAGCGAAAGAGGAAAAGAACGAAGAACAGGCGUCCACCAAAGAUGCCGAAGGAGAUGAGAAGAUGGAAUGAAGAUUCCACCAGGUGUGUUAUUAUUAGUAGUACUAUUACAUUAUAUUAUAGUUGGUUAUUACAUG